GCCCCAUCUCAAAAAAACAAGCCGCUUCCCCCACCUUUAUCUGAGAGCACUGAGACCAGAGGGCGGUCCGUUACGAGGAGCCUGCUAGCGUUAGCUCUGACCAGCUAACAUGCCACUCUCCUGUGCGGUUCACUUUGUAGGCAGCACAACCAAUAAUAUCAUGAAGUAGACUUCUUGUUUCUCGCACCAUAACUGCCCAAUAAAAGGCGUCUUUCAGUCCCAUGGUCAUCGUUUGGAAGGACUCAUGUUUGGACUUUCGAAGCGGGCUCAAAUGGGAUUUACCCAGUUAGCCCCCGCUGCUAAUGGUUGCGCUGGAACCGGUUCAUACUAGCUCUGUGGACACAGCUGGUUCAUAUCGAACUCAUAAUAAGCAGGUGGAUUAAUCAGAGCAACCAUGCCUCCCAGGCCAUCCUCGGGAGAACUAUGGGGGAUGCACUUGAUGCCACCCAGCAUCAAAGUGGACUGCCUCCUGCCGAACGGCAUGAUCCUCACGUUGGAGUGCCUUCGCGAGGCCACGCUGAUCACAGUGAAGCACGAGCUUUUCAAAGAAGCCCGGAAAUACCCUCUUUACCAUCUGCUGCAAGAGGAGAGCUCCUACAUCUUUGUCAGUGUUACCCAAGAGGCAGAACGAGAGGAGUUUUAUGAUGAAACCAGACGAUUAUGUGACCUCAGACUCUUCCAGGCCUUCCUCAAAGUCAUCGAGCCUGUAGGAAACAGAGAAGAGAAGAUCCUCAAUCGAGAAAUAGGUUUCGCUAUUGGGAUGCCCAUAUGCGAGUUUGAUUUGGUUAAGGAUCCAGAAGUCCAGGACUUCAGAAGGAACAUUUUGAAUGUUUGCAAGGAGGCAGUGGACCUCAGAGACUGUAACGGCUCCCACAGUAGAGCCCUGUACGUCUAUCCCCCCAAUGUGGAAUCCUCAGCUGAAUUGCCCAGGCACAUCUAUAACAAACUAGAUAAAGGUCAAAUAAUUGUGGUAAUAUGGGUUAUUGUGUCACCCAGCAACGACAAGCAGAAGUACACUUUGAAGAUCAAUCACGACUGCGUGCCAGAGCAGGUUAUCGCCGAGGCCAUCCGCAAGAAGACGCGCAGCAUGCUGCUCUCCCAGGAGCAGUUAAAGAUGUGUGUGCAGGAGUACCAAGGGAAGUACAUCCUCAAAGUCUGUGGUUGCGAUGAAUACUUAUUGGAGAAAUACCCUCUGAGUCAGUACAAGUAUGUCCGGAGCUGUAUCAUGUUGGGACGAAUGCCUAACUUGAUGCUGAUGGCAAAAGACAGUCUAUAUUCUCAACUGCCAAUGGACAAUUUCACCAUGCCGUCAUACGCGAGACGAAUAUCCACGGCAACACCUUACAUGAAUGGGGAAGCAUCCACAAAGUCGCUAUGGACUAUCAACGGAGCACUAAGGAUCAGGGUGCUCUGUGCCACUUACGUCAAUGUCAAUAUCAGAGACAUAGACAAGAUUUACGUCAGGACCGGGAUCUACCACGGUGGAGAGCAGUUGUGUGACAAUGUCAACACCCAGCGAGUGCCUUGUUCAAAUCCCAGGUGGAAUGAGUGGCUCAACUAUGACAUGUACAUUCCAGACAUCCCACGUGCUGCCCGCCUUUGCCUGUCCAUCUGUUCGGUUAAAGGGAGGAAGGGAGCAAAAGAGGAGCACUGUCCCCUGGCCUGGGGCAACAUCAACCUGUUUGACUACACUCAUACACUUGUAGCAGGGAAGAUGGCGCUCAACCUCUGGCCCGUCCCACACGGCCUGGAAGAUCUGCUCAACCCCAUUGGUGUCUCGGGCUCAAACCCCAACAAGGAAACCCCUUGUCUGGAAUUGGAGUUUGACCAUUUCAGCUCUCCUGUCAAGUUUCCCGAUAUGACCAUUAUUGAGGAUCAUGCAAACUGGAAUAUUUCCAGAGAGCUUGGCUUUAAUUACUGCCCUACUGGUUUGAGUAACAGAGUGGCCCGAGACAAUCCUUUCACAGAUGGCGACAAUGAGCAGCUUCGCCAAGUAUGUAACCGGGACCCAUUGUCUGAGAUCACUGAGCAGGAGAAAGACUUUCUAUGGAGGCACAGACAUUAUUGUGUCAAUAUACCCGACAUCCUUCCCAAGAUCCUGCUUGCUGUGAAAUGGAACUCCAGAGAUGAAGUUGCACAGAUGUAUUGCCUUCUGAAGGAUUGGCCCGCUAUCAAGCCAGAACAAGCCAUGGAGUUGCUCGAUUGCAACUUUCCUGAUCCCAUGAUUAGAGAUUUUGCUGUAAAGUGCCUUGAGAAAUAUUUAACUGAUGACAAACUGUCACAGUACCUCAUUCAGCUGGUUCAGGUUCUAAAGUAUGAGCAGUACCUUGAUAAUCCACUUGGCCGUUUCCUGCUGAAAAAGGCAUUAACCAAUCAGAGGAUAGGACAUUUCUUCUUCUGGCAUUUAAAAUCGGAAAUGCACAACAAGACGGUUAGCCAGAGAUUUGGACUCCUGCUGGAGUCGUAUUGCCGGGCCUGCGGCAUGUACCUGAAACACCUGAGCCGGCAGGUGGAGGCCAUGGAGAAACUCAUCAAUCUCACUGACCUCCUCAAACAGGAGAAAAAGGAUGAGGCACAGAAGGUUCAAAUGAAGUUUCUUGUGGAGCAGAUGAGAAGGCCCGACUAUAUGGAUGCACUGCAGAGCUUCACCUCCCCUCUGAAUCCAGCACAUCAGCUGGGAAACCUCCGUCUGGAAGAAUGCCGGAUGAUGUCAUCUGCCAAGCGACCUCUGUGGCUUAAUUGGGAAAAUCCAGAUAUGAUGUCAGAGCUCCUGUUUCAGAACAACGAGAUUAUCUUCAAAAACGGAGAUGAUCUGAGGCAAGACAUGCUGACACUGCAGAUCAUUAGAAUAAUGGAGAACAUCUGGCAGAACCAAGGCCUUGAUCUCAGGAUGCUACCCUACGGUUGUCUGUCCAUCGGCGACUGUGUUGGUUUGAUUGAGGUGGUGAGGAAUUCUCACACCAUCAUGCAGAUUCAGUGUAAAGGAGGCCUAAAGGGGGCGCUGCAGUUCAACAGCCACACGCUGCACCAGUGGCUCAAGGAUAAGAACAAGGGCGAGAUGUAUGACCAAGCUGUAGAUUUGUUCACGCGGUCAUGCGCAGGCUAUUGUGUUGCCACAUUUAUCCUGGGCAUAGGAGAUAGACACAAUAGCAACAUCAUGGUUAAAGAUGAUGGACAGCUGUUCCACAUAGAUUUUGGCCAUUUCCUUGACCACAAAAAGAAGAAGUUUGGAUACAAGCGAGAGCGUGUGCCCUUUGUUCUGACACAAGACUUCUUGAUCGUUAUUAGCAAAGGAACUCAAGAGUGCACCAAGACAAGAGAAUUUGAAAGGUUCCAGGAGAUGUGCUACAAGGCAUACUUGGCCAUUCGGCAGCACGCCAACCUCUUUAUCAACCUCUUUUCCAUGAUGCUGGGCUCGGGGAUGCCGGAGUUGCAGUCAUUCGACGACAUCGCUUACAUCCGAAAGACCUUGGCCCUGGACAAGACCGAGCAGGAGGCUCUCGACUAUUUCAUGAAGCAGAUGAACGAUGCUCACCACGGCGGCUGGACUACUAAAAUGGACUGGAUCUUCCACACCAUCCGCCAGCAUGCCAUGAACUGAAACUGCAUCCAAAAUAGUGAAUUUAACAGAAACAUAGAGAUGGGCGCCGAGAACCAAAAACACGGUAGCGGCAAAGAAUUACCACACUAAGACUUGGUCCGAUUUUUCGCCAGCAUGUGACUCUGAACCAUGACCUGCCAGCGCAGUAUGAACACAGGGCUGAUAAAAAGAGCCUGUAUCAGGGACACUAAAUGUUUUCACUCCCGUGUGAAUUUCUUUUGUGGCUGCACUAUAUGAACUUGAAGGCACGGUGGAGUUGUAUUCCAUCAGUUCCCUCCACAGGAACUAAAACAGUUGAAUGGACCUUGGGCACAUUCGGCCAUCUUCAUAAGAACUAACUAAAGACACUUUAUUCAACCCCACGUUAUUUUUUUUUAUUUUUUAUUUUUUAAUUCCCAUCGACAGUCAUCACCAUUACAAGGAACGUCACUAUGAAGGUGUACAUCGUCAGCACAGGGAACGAGAUAUAUAUAUAUAUAUAUAUAUAUAUAUAUAUAUAUAUAUAUAUUUUUUUUUUUGUCAGUCAACUGACGAACACUCAUGUCAUUUUUUCCCACUACCUUAUUGAAAACUAUGAACGCUAGAUAAAUUCACUACAAUAUUGGUGGAUGUGGAAGAAAGUAAAGGACACAAAGAAGCCGAUCCAGAUUACUCAUGGCAAUCCUGAGAAAGAAACUAGCAAUACUCAAGUACAUAUGGAAACCUGUUUGAGUGUUUUAUUUCAAAGCCUUGAUAUCCAGCUGCAUGCACUAGUAUACAGUUUGUCCUCAGCAGUCAAAUGAAUCAGAACACUAAGAGAGCAACUGUUCCCGUAGAAAUAUCAUUUUUUGCUCCAUGCUUCCUUCCACACUUGUGUUCACUAGUAGGAUAACUACACAGGCAAAACUGUUUGCGACCAUAUCAAGAUGGAUAUCAAGGAAUAUAAAAUUUGAUAUCCUUUAUCCUUUUUAGGGUCCAUGUAGUAGUGCACUAUUUGUCAUCACUAGUGAGACAGUUCGUGCCCUAUUAGAAAGACUGCAUCUUACUAAUAAUGUCACUAAUAAUACUAGCACUGUGUUGUUGCCAACUGGUGUACAGUUUUGCCUCAAUAGCAACAUAAUGUUCUUGUAUGACAAAGUGUCAUACUGGUGAGCCAAAUGUACAUUACUAGCCUUCUGGACCCUACUAGUUGUACCAAAAUGUCCACUGUACUUUAGUCUUUCUAGUAACAUGUAAUUGUUUUUCUUGUGUAAAAAAAAAAAAAAAAAAAAAAUCUAAAAUAUGUAGUUACUAUCCGACUAGAAUCACAACAGUUGAGUAGCGAUAUCAAUGAGAUGCCCUGCCAGUGACCGGGAUGAAUAUCAUUCUGCUACUUGCAUUCAAUUGUCUGACUAGUCAGGCCAAGUAGUGUACUAGUCCACGGACCUCAAGCUGGAUGUCAAGGAUAUUGGAUAAAUUCUCUUUCCAUAAGUACAAGACUGACAGAGGUAUUGUUGUGGCAGACACUCAAAUAAUAGCAUUUAUUACCGGGACAUCUCUUGUUUUGCUGAAUUAGCAUUCAAAUAUGCCUGCAGUGUAGAAGUCCUCGCACACUAGUUGAGUUUUUUUUCUUUUUGUACAGCAGUAUAUCCAUUGCCGUGUAUAUGUACAGUGAACAGAUUUCUUUUUUUGAGUCCAUUUCUACUGAGCCAAAGUAGUAGAUGUUUAAACCCCUCUACUCAGCAGUCUUAUUGUAAAAAAACAAAACAAAAAAAAAAGGUCCCCUCAUCUAUACUGGUUCUCGUCGCACUGAUUUCUGCAGUAUGUUUUUUUUUUUUUUUUUUGGGUGUGUGUCGUGUUGUCUUAUCAGUAUUAUUGGGUUGCAGUCAAAUUGGGCAGAUUCGAACUAACCUCUAGCCACGUUGUGUCAUUGGUCUCACUUGGAAUAUGCAAGGGGAGGUAAAACAAAGUUAUUUUCUUCUGUUUUAUGCUGUUACACUAUGCAAAUUGUGAUCAUAAGUACUGUAUUCUGAGAAAAUAACACAAAAGAAGAGUUAUGUCAAGAAAAAGGAAAGCUGUGGCCCAAACGGAGAAGUGUUGGAAAUUUUAAACACAUUAUACACAUGGAAGAAAAUAAUGCACAAUGCUGCACUGUAACCAGAUCAUCGACUAUGUUUCCAAAAGCCUAAUAAGGAUCAGAACUUUUUUCCCUGCCUUUUUAACCUUACUUGAAAUCAGUCAGUUAUGCUCGUCUGCUUGUUGACGCUUAUUACACUUUGACUUUUUUCCUCUUUUCAACUGUCCAAGUGUCCUCCUUCCGAUGAUUGUCACCCCUGUGUGUGGAACUAUGCAGCUCUGCACGGACUCAGACGUGAGGUAUCUAGCUUUACCAAAUGAUGCAUUCACACACACAUGUACACAUGCAUAGUGGUUUCCUGUAUUUUUCCCCCCUUUUAGAUAAAAGAAAACCAGUCCUGAUUAAUUGCUUGGGCCGGACCCAUUCAAACUGAGACCCCAUUUAUAUGUAAUUUAUAGAGAAACGAUACUGAUUCUCUUAUGCUUUGUACUUGUCAAACUGAAUUACGUACGAAGUCUGCAAAUAACUUUUUUUUUUUUUGACCUGAUGCUGUUUACUUGAAUUUCAUGUAUAAAAUGACCUUGUUACUUGUGAGGUACAACAAAGUCACAAUGAAGGUAACAAAACUGCUACUGCUAUAUGUGCAAAUGCCCCCCCUCCCCUUGAAUAACGACAGAGGUAAUAUAUUUUUGUAUUUUUUUUUUAAA